AUGUCUUUGUCGAAAACCGCAGGUUUGCUUCUCGCCUCGGCUGCGCUGGUCGCAAGCCACGGCUACGUUACGAGCAUUGACGUCGAUGGCACUACUUACGGCGGAUAUCUGAUCGAUACCUAUUACUAUGAAUCCGAUCCUCCCGAGAUCAUUGCGUGGUCCACCACUGCCACCGAUGACGGUUUCGUUGCUCCGAGUGCGUACGAUUCAUCUGACAUCGUCUGUCAUCGGGGUUCAGCUCCUGCAGCACUCUCUGCACCGGUUGCCCCCGGUGGCUCCGUGAAGAUGACCUGGAACACUUGGCCAGAUGACCAUCAUGGCCCAGUGAUUACCUACCUCGCCAAAUGCGAUGGCGACUGCGCAGAUGUGGAUAAGACCACACUGGAGUUCUUCAAGAUUGAUGCUGGCGGACUCAUCAGCGAGACUGCCAUCCCUGGAACCUGGGCUAGCGAUAAGCUCAUCGAGGAUAGCUUUAGCCGGACCAUGACUAUCCCAUCUGAUAUCGAGGCUGGCAACUACGUCCUCCGUCACGAAAUUAUCGCACUUCACAGUGCUGAGAACACCGACGGUGCCCAGAACUACCCCCAUGACCCGGGUAUUUUUGUUGAUAUUUGGAACACUCUCAGCACUUAUGAUAUCCCUGGUCCCACGCUUUACACCGCCGGUGGCGCUGCUACUGCUACUGCUGCCGCAGCUUCAUCGACCUCAGCUUCCACCGAAGCUGCUGCUGUUGAGACUACUACUGCUGCUGCUGCCACAGCCGCUGCUGUGGCCAGUGUGGCGGAUUCUGCUCCCGCUGGCUCUACGGAGGCAGUCUCGCAAGUCGUUGCUGUCGCUAGCUCCACUUCAACUGCUAGCACCUCUGCCUCUACCUCCACCUCCGGUGUUCUCAGUGGGUCGUGUAGCCAGGAGGGAUACUGGUAUUGCAAUGGUGGUUCCGCUUUCCAACGCUGUGCCAAUGGAGAAUGGGACGCUUCUCAGAGCGUGGCUGAGGGAACACAGUGCACUGCUGGCAUCUCUGAAGAUCUUACCAUCUCUGCCACGGUGCAGCGCCGACAGGCUUCGCACCUCCGUCGCCACAACGCUCGCAUCAACCGCGUGUAUUGA